AGUAAAUGUAGCUCAAGCUGUGGGCCGGGGGGUGAGCUACCCAGCCCGGGCUGCUCUGCUGAAACACCCAUGGGUGGCUGUGUGGGGAGCCACCACGACUCUUCGGGCAGCUUAAACGAAAACUCGGACGGAACCGGAGUGGCUCUCGGGCGUAACCAGCCCCUGAAGAGAGAGCGGCCUAAAUGGAAAAGUGACUACCCGAUGACUGAAGGCCAGCUGCGCAGCAAGAGAGAUGAGUUCUGGGAUACGGCGCCAGCAUUCGAGGGCCGGAAGGAGAUCUGGGAUGCGCUGCGGGCUGCGGCCAGUGCCUUUGAGAGCAAUGACCACCUGCUGGCUCAGGCCAUCCUUGACGGGGCCAGCAUCACACUGCCGCACGGAGCUCUGACUGAAUGUUAUGAUGAACUGGGGAAUCGAUACCAGCUGCCAGUCUACUGCCUCUCACCUCCCGUCAACAUGAUUGAAGAGCGAUCUGAUGAACCUGAUGGUUCAGAUCCAGACUCCGGGGCCGCAGACCCAUCCACGGGCAGCGGCGGCGACCCUGGCUUAGGAGGGGAGUGCCAGCUUCGGCUCCGGCUCUCCACGGGUCGUGACCUCCGGCUAGUAGUCCGUUCCACAGACACAGUGGGCAUGAUGAAGCGUCGUCUGCAAAGUCAGGAGGGCGUGCCUGCCACCACCCAACGCUGGUUUUUCUCAGGUCGGCCACUGACAGACAGGCUGCGCUUGGACCAACUCAACAUCUCCAGGGACUAUGUAGUUCAAGUAAUCCUCAGCCAGCCUCCACCUCCUGAGCCGGUAUCAACACCAGGACAUACACCAGAGGCCUUUGGGCCAGUUGCAGUGGAGGGAGUGGCUACACUGCCACAAGAGCCCACACCAGUGGAGAAUUAACUCCCCCCAAACUGACAACCUGGAGGUGGGCAUACCAGUGGACUGGCAGGAUAAAAGAAGGAUGAUGACAAGGGAGAAAAAAUGAAUGAAAGUUGAUUCUGUCUUUUCUCUUUUGGUUUGUUCUCUUCUCUUCUUGAGAAUUGAGAAAAGACUCUUCCCUUUGGUUUUACACGUUGAAAUUUUGACCUUUUUGAAGUCUUUUUAACUGUUCCUAUGGAAACCAAACAACAAAAAGAGAACUUUGUCGGAUGGCUUAAAGGUUUUUCUUUGCUACACUGCUGUUCGAAUGUUUCUGUGUUUCAGUUUCCAUUUUCAAGUUCUGCUCUCUGGCAGCAUUGAGUCAGAAGAAAUCUGUUUAUAAGGUUACAGGGUUAUAUAUACAUUUUCUUUAUGCACAUUUCCACUCUGACUGUUCAGAAAGAAAUGAAUAAAGAUAGUUUAAAGGACCAGUGUGUAGGAUUUAGUUGCGUCUGGCGGUGAGGUUGCAUAUUGCAAAAAGGAUACCCCUGCCCUCACCCUCUCCCAUGUAGGAAAACCUAUGGUAAUCACGAGAAUCCUGAAAGGCCCUCUAGGGCCAGUGUUUGGUUUAUCCAUUCAGCCCUAUAUCCUAUACCUAUAGAAACAUAGCAUGCUUCAUUGAAAAGGACCCACUCCCUAUAUAGAUAUAAAGGGCUCAUUUUGAGUUAACGGAAAUGCAAUGAUUCUUAUUUUCAGGUGAUUAUACACUAAUUAAAACUUCAGUUCUGCAAAGUUCCUUUUGAUGCCAUUAAAUCUUACAAACUGGUCCUUUAACACUCAUGACAUUUAUUCAGGCAAUUAUCUUUAAUUAUAUGUGAAUCAAAUCAAGAACUCUUUGUCACUUGUGGAUUAUGUCAGUAUGCUAACAGCUGUAAAGAAAGGUUGGCAUUUCUAGUUAGCAAACAGAUGUGUCCUCCCUCCUGUUGAGAGGUUACAGUCAGGACACAUGACUGGAUGUCGCUGGAUUAGACACUUUAUUUCACUCUGCUUCACAGAACAAUCAGAGCAAUCAUGUAAUAAACAUUAAGUAGUCAGCCUGUGUGCAAGUGUGUGUGUGACUUAGUGUGUGUGUGCGUGAGUGGAUGUUCAUAUAUAUGAUCAAGACACAACCACACUUAUUCAUGUGGCAAAAGGAUGGGCAUCAGAAACACAGUUGCGUAUUUUGAUUAAAAAUAGAAUGUUUUUAAUUAAAAUUGAUCAUUGUUUCUAUUCCUCGAUCUCUGUCUAAUUGUCCACGUUGAAUGUUUUAAUGUCAUGAAGUAGAGGUGGGACAGAAUCCAUGGUGAUAUUUAGCAAUCUGUUGUCUUGGGAUAAAAG